CGCCAUUGGUGGAGAAUCCCGCUGUAACCAGGGGAACUGCAAACAUUGUAGGGGCCACUUCCGGUCCUAGCACCCGGAACCGCCGCCUCUAGGGAUGGACGGUCAGACCCUGAGGAAGCUGGAGAGAAUCCGAUCCUGCUCCCAGGAAAGAAAAGAGGCGUAUGCUAAGGACAUGGUGACAGACUUUGAUGAGAAACAUGAUGAGUACUUAAUAUUGCUUCAGCAGAGAAACCGGAUAUUGAAGCAUUUGAAAGCCAAGGACCCUGUGCAGCGCAGGCUGGAGCACCUGGAGCAGGGCUUCUCUGUCUAUGUCAACGGGGCCAAUUCCGAGCCCAGGACGUCACCACGCAAAGCUGUGCACGCCGACUUCUCCAGGAGUGCCUCGCAGGCAGAGAGCACGCACGAUUAUGGACGAAGACCCUUGUAUGGAGAGGCAGAAGAGAUGUUAAGACGCAAUUCGAGGACGGCACCCAGCAAGGUCCAGCGCCGAGGAUGGCACCAGAAAUCCGUGCAGAUCAGAACAGAAGCCGGCUCGCGCCUCCACAUCGAGCCUCCUCUGGACUACUCUGACGAUUUUGAGCCCUGUGGGGAUGUGGCUGGCCAGGCCAGUGAGGCUUCAGGGGACCAUCCACAGGAGCUGAGGAAAAGCCGGGAAGCCUGUGUCGUCGAUCCACCCAGGCAGUCUGAGGAUUGUUCCAGUGAUGUGGGUGACUCGAUAGAAGAAGACGUCCUUUCCUCCGAGCCAGAGCCCGAGGACCCAGAGGACCCGGUGCCCACCACCCAGCCUGAGGAGGACACCUCUUUGCCCAGGGGUCAUCCUGUACCUGAGCUUCGUCCCGAGCACCAGGAGCCAGAGGGACGGCCUCCCCGGGCAGAGACACUGGUGGUGCUGGAGUCCAACCCGUCCUCCACAAGUAAUAAAAGGGAAAGGAAUUUGUCUGCUAAGCGGAAAGACAAUGCAGAGGUCUUCGUUCCUUGCAAACCAGAGCCCAGCCUGAACGCCCAGCCCCCGACUGUGUUCUUGGACCAGGAGAGGCCGAGCUCUAGGCCUGGCAGCCGGCGGGAGAGGCCCCUGUCCGCCACCCGCAAAGCAGUGUGCACAGCGGAGGACUGCCAGGAGGAGGCGUCGGCUGUACUGCGAGCCAUCCAGGUGGAGAACGCCGCCCUGCAGCAGGCCUUCCUGGGCAGGAAGGCCGAGCCCCCCCGCAGCCCUCUGCAGCUGCCUCGCCCUACCCCAGUGACCACAGCUCAGGAGCUGGCCAGGGCAGCUGGAGGCGCCCAAGCCACCAGCCACAGCGACACCAUCGGCCUCCUGGGAAGCAGGCAACCACAGAAGCUUCUGGAAGUCCUGCAGGCUGUUGACAGUGACGCUGCCCCUCUGCCCAAGGCUUCAGCAGCAACAGAGGAGCAAGUGCUGGUCCCCCAGGACACCAGGAGCGAGAGAAGAGAGGAGAUGAAGGAUGCCGUCCGUGUGACCCUGGAGAUCCUGUCCACAUGGGGUGGCGGGUCCCAGGUGGGGCUCACGGAGGUCGAGUUCUUUGACCUCAGCGGCACAAGGCUGUAUGUGUCCCCUCAGGAUGUGGAUCUGCAGAAUGUGGAGUCACCCGGCGAGCUGGGCAGCCUGGUCAGCAGGAACUCGGCUAGCAAGAAGGACCCCGCGAGGUGGACCUGUCCCUUCCACCCGCCACUCCAGCUUGGGUUCCUGAUCCGCAACACACAGCAGCUGCCAGACUUGGGGUUGGCAGAGAUGAAGGUCUGGAACUACUGGACAGCAGAUGGGGACCCUAACAUCGCAGCCAAGCACGUGAGAGUGUAUGUCAACCACAGGUGCGUCUUUGAUGGCGUGUUAGACAAAGGUGGGGGGGAGGCCCCCGCCAGCCUUACCAUUGCCGCUCACCUGCACGGUGAGGAGACAGCCCACAAGGCCCCACCCGCUGGCAGGGAAGGAAGCAUGGCUGCCCCCAGUCUGGACAAGAGCCCAAUUCUCAGCAGCUCACAGCCUGCCGAAGCUCUGGCUCUGGAGAAGGUCCCAUCCCGAGCUAGUUUCUUUGAUGACAAGGUGAAUUCCACCGACUGCACAAAAGACAGCUCCUCCACAUUAGAGGCACCCCCUUGUUCGGUGGACGGUGAGCCCCGCAUCCCGCCCUCCUCCCUACCUGCCAUCCGGGCCCCCCUGGAGGAGCAGCCCUCUCUGGCCCAACAGUUGGAAACCCUCAUGGGCAGGAAGAUCUCCGAGCCACUUGGGAACCCCCCGUGCUGGCUACAAACUUCUCCAGACAAGGGCAGGAAACCUGGGAGUAAGAAAUCCAAGCCUCCACCCUCGUGGCUUAGCCCCGAGAAGCCACUGGAUGGGAAGGGUGGGCUCCCAUCUGCUGAGGUCACAGAUCAGCGUCCUGGAGAGACCAGUGAGGGCAAAGGCCCGCGGAGGACCAGCAGCUGGAACACCAUCCUCGGGGAGCGUCCCCACAGAGCAACCCCUAAAGUCUGCAGUGAUGACCUAGACAUCUUUAACCAGCCUCCCAACAGGGAGCGCCCAGCCAGUGGGAGAAGGGGCCUGAAGAAGGAUGCGCUCCUCCGUCGUCAUGGUGACAGCCAGCCAGCCAGCAGAGAAGACUCCCAGGCAGCCCUGACACCACCCCACCUGCAGGGGCGCGGAGAGCAGGAGCACCGGCUGCGCGAGUCCUGGGACUCCCUCAGUGCCUUUGACCGCUUUCACCUGGGCCGCAUCCCCCGGCCGGAGCAGCAGGCUGACAUCCUGGACGAGUUCCUCCAGCUGCAGAGGCGGGGCGGGCGCCAGGGCCAGCCGCCUCCACAGAGGGAGCCCGAACCACAGCCAGAGCCCAGCAAAGGCCAGGGCGACGGCUCCCCAGAGACCGAAGGGGGCGAUGGCGGGGACUUCAAAAUCCCCGUCCUGCCCUAUGGCCAGCACUUGGUCAUCCACAUUGCCUCCACGUGGGGGGACCGCCACUACGUGGGCCUCAAUGGGGUAGAGAUAUUCAGCUCCCAGGGGGAGCCAGUGCAGAUUUCCCACAUCCACGCGGAGCCCCCGGACAUCAACAUCUUGCCGGCAUACGGGAAGGACCCCCGCGUGGUCACCAACCUGGUGGACGGGGUGAACAGGACCCAGGACGACAUGCACGUGUGGCUGGCACCCUUCACGCCGGGCCAGCCCCACUCCAUCUCCAUCGACUUUGCCCACCCUUGCCAAGUGGCCAUGAUCAGGAUUUGGAAUUACAACAAAUCCCGGAUCCACUCGUUUCGAGGUGUGAAGGACAUCACCAUGCUGUUAGACGGGCAGUGCAUCUUUGAAGGGGAGAUUGCCAAGGCCUCGGGGACCCUCACCGGAGCUCCAGAGCACUUUGGAGACACCAUCUUAUUCACGACCGACGAGGACAUCCUGGAGGCCAUCUUCUGCUCCGAUGACACGUUUGACGCAGACGUGGACGCCGAGGGCCUGUGUGGCCUGCAGCAUGGGCCGGCGCCGAGGAGGCCCAGCACGGCCGACAGCGAGGGCCACGAGCGGCCGUUCACCCAGGCCGGCUCCAGUGCCGACGACCCGAUCCUGGGUCUGGAGCUGCCCCCCAGCCCCUCAGUUCCUGACGUCACCACGCCGGAGCCUGGCAUCUACCAUGGGAUCUGCCUUCGGCUGAAUUUCACUGCCUCCUGGGGGGACCUGCACUACCUGGGGCUCACUGGCCUGGAAGUGGUGGGCAGGGACGGCCAAGCCCUGCCCGUGCGCCUGCACCAGCUGUCCGCUUCACCCCAAGACCUCAACGACCUCCCUGAAUACACUGAUGACUCCCGGACCCUGGACAAGCUGAUCGAUGGCGUCAAUGUCACCACGGAGGACGAGCACAUGUGGCUGAUCCCCUUCUCGCCAGGCCUGGACCAUGUGGUCACGAUCCGCUUCGACCGAGCCGAGAGCAUCGCUGGCGUGCGAUUCUGGAACUACAACAAAUCUCCUGAGGACACCUAUCGAGGGGCCAAGAUUGCCCACGUGUCUCUAGACGGCCUGUGCGUCUCUCCCUCGGAAGGGUUCCUCAUCCGGAAGGGGCCAGGCAACUGCCACUUUGAUUUUGCACAAGAAAUCCUCUUUGUGGACCACCUGCGGGCCCCGCUGCCACCCCCACCGGCCCGGAGGCUGGACUGGAAAAGCCUGGAGCGCUCCAGCAUGGACUACGAGGCCCCGCUCAUGCCCUGCGGCUUCAUCUUCCAGUUCCGGCUUCUGACCAGCUGGGGGGACCCCUACUACAUUGGCCUCACCGGCCUGGAGCUGUACGAUGAGCGAGGAGACAAAAUCCCCCUGUCUGAAAACAACAUUGCCGCCUUCCCUGACAGCGUGAAUGUGCUGGAGGCCGUGCAGGGGGACGUGCGCACCCCGGACAAGCUUGUUGAUGGCGUGAAUGACACCAGCGAUGGCAGACACAUGUGGCUGGCGCCCAUCCUGCCUGGCCUGGUGAACCGCGUCUAUGUCAUCUUCGACCUGCCCACCACCGUGUCCAUGGUCAAGCUGUGGAAUUACGCGAAGACCCCACUUCGAGGUGUGAAGGAGUUUGGUCUCCUGGUGGAUGACCUGCUGGUGUACAACGGCGUCCUGGCCAUGGUGAACCACCUGGUGGGGGGCAUCCUGCCCACCUGUGAGCCCACGGUGCCCUACCACACCAUCCUCUUCACCCAGGACGCCGACGCCACUGGCCAGAAGCACCCCGUACUCAGCCACUGGGGCGAGGACCAGGACGUCCAGAUGAUGAACGAAAACCAGAUCAUCACCAACUCCAGGAGAAAGCCAAGCGUCGUGGACCCAGCACUGCGCCCCAAGACCUGCAUAAGCGAGAAGGAGCCAGCCAGACAGCGGCGGUGCUGAUGGCGCCCUGUGGCUCCAGCCUGGACCUGCUCCGCCCUGGUGUCUCUCGGGCCUCCGUGUCAGCCAGCCAGGAUGCCAGAGGCUGAAAGAGAACUCAGCACAGAGGGCCAGGGACGUGGGCUGUAACAGCCCUGGGAGCGACAGGAGACCCGUGGAGGGCAGGGCUGGCCGCGGGAGCUGGGGACACUGGGCCCUGAACCUCUCCUAGGUCCAGGCAGGGAGGCCUGGUCCAGCAGCUCAGGUCCUGAGCAGGCCCAGGGGGUGGGGCCAGGCUGUACUCACACCAGCAGGCUGGGCCCUCAUUGGCCCAGGCUACAGGGGCCAUGCCCCCUGCCGUCUGAGAGGCCUCUGGGCAGAGCUCAGGACUGCCUGGGCCCUCUCUGUGCCCAUGGCUCUGCCCAGGCCUUGCUGGGGAGAGGGGCCCUUCCGGAGGGCCAGGUGCUGAUUUUAUAGUGGCCUCUGCCCUCUUGCUAAGUGUAAGACCAGAUUGGCCAAGAGUGUAAUCUGAGCACAGGAAGUAAACUUAGGUGGGGGCCCCAUCUCCCCCACCUCUGCAGCUUGAUCUGCAGGAAGUUCCCCUCCUUCCUUGCCCUGUGCCCCUCCUGAAGCGCAGCCUCCUCCCGGUGAGCUGGAAAUGUGCCCUGUAGCCGCCAGCCGAGGGGAGCCCAGAACACAUCCGUUUCCAUCUAUGUCACAGGCUCGGAUCAGGGACCUAAAUGGUUUCCCAGUGGUGGGUAAUUUCUUGUUCCAAAUAUUAAUCCAUUUAUUUGGCUGGCACUGGGCCCAGUGCAUCCCGGCUCGGGGACUGUACUCCAGGCGUUUGUUCCUACGCAACCCGGAGCCCGCAGAUGCUUUACAGGCCCCAGCACAGAGCAGCUAUGCAAAUGCGCCUUGCAUCUGGAAGGCAGGGCCCAUGUACAGAUAGGAGUUGUAUUCUGGGGAGACGGUCCAUCAGCCCCAAGGCCCCCAGCUCCUCUGCUCAGCCCAAAUCCAGAGCCCUGCUCUCCUGCGGGCCCCUGAGCCCCAGCCGGGCUAAGGCCCUGGCUCCAGGCUGGACUGGGGAUAGAAGGGAGCCACCAGGGUUUUCAGCCAGAACCCCAUUGAUGUGUCUAAUAAUUCUAGUACCGUACGAUCUAGGAAGAAGGAAGGGAACUACACAGGUAUAACUUUGUAAUAAAUUUCUAUUUUUUUCUCUUGCGAAGCAAUA